AUGCUGGGCGUGCACCGGUGCAAGCUCAAGCUGAAGCAAAUCGUGUGCUGUCCACCCAUCCCCACCCAUCUCCACCCCUCCCCGCCCAUCCCCACCCAUCUCCACCCCUCCCCGCCCAUCCCCACCCAUCUCCACCCCUCCCCACCCCUCCCCAGACCUGUGGAGCUCGGAGGACUACAAGGCGAUAGAGGGGCUGCAGGCUCUUGGCGUGCACAGGUGCAAGCACAGGCAAUGUGCGCUCCCCACACCUCCUCACCCCUUUCCACCCCUCCCCACCCCGUUCCACCACUACGAACAACAUCAGAUCUUUGGAGUUCUGAAGACUACAAAGCAAUAGAGGGGCUGCAGGCGCUGGGGGUGCACCGGUGCAAACUUAAGGAGAUAGCCGAUGCCACCCAGGGGUUCAAGACGCUGCUGGGGGAGGGCGGAUACGGACAGGUAUAUCUGUGCAAGGUCAAGGAGAUUGCAGAUGCGACCCAGGGCUUCAAGGCGCUGCUGGGGGAGGGCGGAUACGGACAGGUGUGCUACGGGUCGGGUAUAUGUGUGAGGCAGGCAGGUAUAUACCUGGAGGGUGCAUGCGAAGGUGUGAGAGGGGAUGGCACAUAUGGGGCAGGUAUAUCUGUGUACCGAGGAGUGCUGGAAUCAGGGGACGUGGUGGCAGUGAAACGAGCAAAGGGGCAUGUGAAGUUAUGUGGGACUGAAUUCCGAAACGAAAUUCAGCUCCUGUCUGCUGUGCGCCAUCGCAACCUGGUGGCUCUGAAAGGGUUCUGUGUGGAAGCGGGCGAGCAACUGCUGGUGUAUGAAUUCAUCGAGAGGGGGACUUUGGAAGACAUGCUGAGAGCCGACUCAAAGCACCAGUUGACGUGGCGGCAGAGGGUCAAAAUUGCGUGUGGAGCAGCCAGCGGGUUUGCGUACCUGCACCAUCAGAUCAAGCCACCUAUUAUCCACCGGGAUGUGAAGACGGCCAACAUACUCAUCACAGCAGAUCUUGAAGCAAAGGUGGCAGACUUUGGAAUCUCCAAGGCUGUUCCUGAGGAGGCGGAGGGAGGGGGGAGGCUGGAGACGCAAGUGAAAGGCACUGUGGGCUAUUUGGACCCACAAUAUUUCCAAAGCGACCUGCUAACUGAGAAGAGCGACGUGUACAGCUUUGGAAUCGUGCUGCUAGAGCUGGCCACCGGUCUCCGCCCGGUGACCAACGGGGAGCAUAUCAGACGGAUCGUGAUCGAUAGGGUUACCAACGAGGGCGGAGUGAACAGUGUUAUGGACCCUGUAUUGAUAGCCAUGUGUGAGAGGGGGAGCGGGGAGGGGGGAGGAGCAGGGGGAGGAGCAGGGGGAACAGAGGGCGGAGGGGAAGGGAGAGGUGGUGGGGGAGGUGGAGAGGUGGGGAUGAAUGAGGGAAAGGCAAUGGAGGAGACGUGUGGAAGCGAGGCCUUGGAGGAGACGUUUGAGUGGUUUGUGCGGCUGGCAAUGCGGUGCAGCUUGAAGCAGGUUCAGAACCGACCGGACAUGCAGCAGGUUUUGAAGGAGUUGGAAGGGAUUAAGAGGCGGUUGAACCGGGUUUCUGCUUCUCGUGCUGCUGGUGCUGCUGGUACUGCUGCUGGUGCUGCUGGUGCUGCUGGUGCUGCUGCUGGUGGUGCUGCUGGUGCUGCUGGUGUUGGUGGUGGUGACAGUAGCAGGCGUGAUAAUGGCGAAGGGUAUAAUUGGGAAGAGGAGCCUGGGUGUGCGACCAAGUCCCAAACCAGCGACAAAUUCUGGAGUGAAAUUGCUGCUGCGGCGACGAGAGGGGCUGCAAGGGAGGAUUGGGGUGAGGAGGACGAGGAGGAAGAGGUUUCGUGGUAUGAGGAGCGGAUGAAGCUGCAAGGAGGGAAGGGCGGGACGUCGAGCAGCGGUGGGAGUGGGUUGAGUCCCACGGUGACGUUCAGUGGGAGUGUGCAUAAAAGAGAUGUGAAUCCCCGGUGA